ACUUAAUGAAAAUCAAUGCACCGCAAUGUAUCAGUUAAUGAGGUCUUAGGCAGACGAAUUUGGCUUGCAGCUUAUAUUUGAAAACAUCCCAGGUAUUGACAAUUUAGGAAGCAGCUGCAAAGCGGGAUUUUGUUCCCGCCGCUACAAGGGUCGAUCAUAUAUCAAGUGUUUACCCUUAAAAUGUUCUUGUUUUAGCUAUGAAAGUUGGCUUUCUAGAAACUCCAAAAGGUAAAUUGUCAAGUUGAAUCCUAUUUUGUCAUUUUUCGUAUAAUCUGGAUUAGGAAUUAGCUGAAGGAGUAAGCAGAAACUUAUUGUAAGGAUUCUGUAUUUGUAUUGUGAUUCACACAAAACUUUAUUUUCCUAGUUAAUAAUCAAAAACAACUGUAUAUGUUUCCAUCUUUUGGAAUUCUGCUGUCUAAGCUUCAGUUUUUGGAAAUUCAAUCUCACCAUUUCCCGUUCCCCCCUAAUUUAUUAUUUUCCUCUACAGAGGAAAGUAGUAUACUCCAUUUAAGUAUUUGCCACAAAUAACGCCUGUUUAAAACUGCCUUCUCAUAAGAACUAUUUGCUACAUAUAGGUUGGUUUGCACAAAUUUGUGCUAUGUAUUUAUUAUUGUUGCUCCAGAAAAUAGUACUAAAAGAUCGUUUAAUUGUUUAAAGUGCAAGUGAGUUUAAUAACUUAACAACCUAAGGUUGUUAACUUGGUUGAAACUGUUAUGUUUUAGUGUUCUAGAAAAAAAUUCAGUAAGGAUUUGUAAAUCUCAGAAAUGAACCUGUCAGUGUUGUAUUGUAAAGCUCAUCUAUAGUACAUCUAAUUCUAAUUACUUAUUGGCUUUCGGCAGUCUAUCUACUGUAAAAUAUAGUCUGCAAAUAAAGCCUGUUACGCUGAUUCUGUCGACUAUUCAGUCAGCUGUAUAUGCGUACCCAAAUGGUAUAGUUAUAUUAAUCUGAAAUACAUUCAGGAGUCUCAUCGUCACUAUCACUGAGUGUUUUUGUAGAGAUGAUGUAAGUCACUGGCUGUUGCUGUCAAAUUACUUGAACAUAUGUGGAUCAUCUCGCCCUUAGUAUUAAUUUAAAAGAAAUAGCAUAUCAUAUUCCAGAGGAGUUAGAUCGGAUUCGACACUAGUAAAAUGGAAUAUAACUGAGAUAAGCUCAAUUGUACAAGUGCAGUAUCAUUAUGAGGAUAAGAUAUUUCAUUUUUAUAAGCAUUUCAUCUGAGUGCUUCUCUUAUCUCUACCACUGUUGUUUUGUCAAAAUUGAUGUUUAAAUUAGUCCAGCACUUCAGUGACAAAUGAUGUUGAAUAAACUUUUUGAAUGUCUGGGUGACAUCUGAAUGUUUAGGGAUAGUUAGCAGUUUAUAGAAUGGUUCAUAUCUUUCCAUUGUACUUCUCAGCGAACUGCGUCAAUAAACUGGAUUAAAUUACAUUUCUGACUAAAACCUUUAAAAAAAUGUGAAUGGAAGUUAGCAAUAUUAGUGUAUUGAGGCAAAUUGAGUGGAUAUUGUCAAGACAAUAAACGCCUGAAGUCAUGCAACUGUUAACAUUAAUUUAAUUUUCACAUAUUGUGAUGACAUCUGAAGUUAAGGAGCCAUUCGAAGCAAUAAUAUAAAGACUUUCCUAUUACAUGAAUUUAGAGUGAGAUUUUAGGGGUGCAAGGAAGAUUUAAAAACAGUCGCUAGCGGUGUGUGCAUGUAAUCGGCUUGUUCUUAACGUUCGCUGUCCUAUAAUUGAGUUUUCUGAAAUUUAGUAAUAUCUAUCAAAAAUUUUCUGUCUGUAUUGUUUACCAUAGUUACUAGUUCAUUUGCAUACAUCAGCAAACGGUUCACUUUAGGUGAUGAAAGUCGUUUGUCAAACAAUACACUGUGUUCAGUCUUACUGAAACACUUUUGCAUGUUAUACCAAGAGUCUUUAUUUCCCUCGGAAUAAAUACGCAAUAUUGAUAAUAAUCCUAUGUACAUUUUUGGUAUAAUCUAAUUGUCUAUACGAAGUACGUUUUGGAGUGUAAAUACAACUUACCCAAUCAACGCUAACGGCAAAUUAAUAUAAAUUAAAUAAUGUUUAAUUCCUUUUUGUAGGUACUGACCCUUUGACUCGAACUGAUAAAAGAUGUGGGUCAAGUACUUAUCGAGUAAGACGCAGGAGACGAAAUUGGAGCUCGCAUACGUCGAGGUUAUCACCAUGCAUUGAAGAGUCAACCGGAGUUGACUGUAUGGUAACAGAUUCUCUGAAUGCAUCUCCUGAACGACUAUCAUCGAACACCCCUUCACUUGGAAACAGCAGUUCAGGUUCUUGCUAUGGGAUACCUUCUGGGUUUGUCCGCCCUUCAAUGCCCCCUGGCCCACCUACGUCACCUGUCCCGAGUCCACCACCAGCUCCCGUAACACUUGGUGUCGUUGCGGAAGUUCCGGCGAGUUCUGUAGGUGGAUCUAGAAAGUGUGACCCUGUUCCGAAUCUUCCGGCUGUACUUCGUAACCGUUUCAGACGACGCCGAAAUGCCAUAUGUGAUUCUUCCGCUCUUGGUCAGGGGCUGAAGGACUUCUUCGCAUCUUACGUUGUUUCCAGCUUAACAGACUCCAUGACAUCAUCACUUAGUUUAGAAUCAUCAUCUGCACCUCCAGCAUUCAAUUCCUCAUCUCAAUCCCUUACUCCUAACACAGUUUCACACAUAAUGCACAUUGAUUAUGCUCCAUCUUCUUUAUGUUUAAUUGAUAGUGAGUCGCAAUCUGAAAGUCUGUGAUAUAUACUUAUUAUUAUUAUGUUUUCAACAGUAAUUAGUUCAUUUUUGUAGCCUCAUAAUCUAAUUUUUUGCCAGUCUGUUCAAUAUUUUACAUAAUUAGAUGAUUUCAUUUCAACCAUUGCAAUAUGCAUAUCUCUAUCCAUGUGCGAACAUUUUGUCUGUAUACGAGUCUUUCCGUACUCACUGCUCAUCUAAUGUAAUUUUUCUUGAUUCUCUUCAACAUGCUUAUAAUUUUCAGACAUCAGCUAAAAGCUGUGAUUCUAUUAAUAAUGUUAUUUGCGAAAGUAUUGUUUUUUUGAUCUAAUCUGACCAUGACUUAGCAAAUAGAGUUAAGUGUAUUGUGAUUACUUGUAUCUUUUCUUAUAUAAAACUGUACAAACUUUGAGGCACAUCUUCAAUUCCCACAUAUGCUAUUUAUUUAGGCCAUAUCAUACAAGUUGUCGAG